AUGGGCAAGCGGAAGCAGCGCGGCGGCGGCGACGGAGAACCCGCCGCGGAAGGCGACGCGGCCACCGGCGGUCCUGGCGGAGGACACAGCCCCUCCACUGUGUUCGUCUCCAACCUCCCCUACAGCUUCAAGUCCUCCGAUCUCGAGGCGGUGUUUAGCGAGGUCGGCCCAGUGCGGCGCUGCUUUAUGGUCGCGGAGAAAGGAUCGGAGAAGAGCCGAGGCUUUGGGUUCGUGCAAUUUGCAACUGUUCAAGAUGCUGAUCGAGCUAUUCAACAAAAGAAUGGAUUUCCUGUUGCUGGUAGGAAAAUCAGAGUUAAGCUAGCAAUGAAUCGUGCUCCACUGAAGGAACGUUUGCAAAAGAAGGAGAAUAUGCAAGUGAAGGACUCUGAUGCAAAAGAUGAAGCAGACGAGACUUCUCCUGCUGAAAAGCACAAGGGAAAAUCUCAUAAAACAGAUCCAGAGCAACCACAUUUGUUGUCAAAGGAUGCUAUGGUAUCAAAGGAAGCUCCCAUUGGCGACCCCGAAAAAGUGAAAAGUUCUGAAAAGCAAAGGGUUGCAAAGACGGUGAUUUUUGGUGGCCUGCGAGACUCCACCAUGGCAAGCGAGGUUUUCCGCCAAGCUCGAGAGAUUGGUUCAGUUGUAUCUGUAAACUAUCCACUUCCCAAAGAGGAAAUGGAAUUCCAUGGGCUUGCUCGAGAUGGAUGCACAUCAGAUACGGCAGCUGUACUCUUUGCAAGUGUCAAAUCAGCUUGGGAUUCUGUUGUCCAACUGCAUCGUAAGGAAGUCAAGGGAGGUAUUGUUUGGGCUCGUCAACUUGGUGGAGAGGGUUCAAAGAUCAGAAAAUGGAGAGCGAUUGUCAGGAACCUGCCAUUCAAGAUUACAGAGAAGGAGAUCAUGGAUAUGUUUAGUUCAGCAGGGUUUGUCUGGGAUGUGUCAAUUCCGCAUAAGUCUGAUGAGGGGAUAUCAAAAGGCUUUGCUUUUGUAUCUUUCACACGGAAGCAAGAUGCAGAAAAUGCUAUAAAAAAUAUUAAUGGAAAAGUUGUUGCAAAGAGACCAGUGGCUGUUGAUUGGGCUGUUCCCAAAAAAGUGUACACUGUUGCUGCAAAAGCUGAUGCUAAGGAUAAUGAGCCUGAGAGUAUACCUGACAAUGUCAGUGAUGAUGACACCUCUGACGAUAAUCUUGUUGGAGAAGCUAGCUCUGAACUUGAUCAGGAGACUUCUAAUCGUCCAUUUGAGGAUGAUUUCGAAACUGAAGCAGAUAUUUCUAGAAAAGUUCUUGAGAAUUUGAUCAAGUCAUCAGAGAAGUCUGAACCAUCUGGCAUUGAAGGUUCGGACAUUUAUACCGACACUGAAACAGAAGAUGUCGCAUCAGAAAAGGAGAAAUCUGAUUCACCUGUAGAUGGCAAGUUGGCUAAGUCGAAGCGGGUAACAGAUGCAGAAAUCAGUAAUCCUGCUUCCAAACCCAAGAAAAAUGAUACUGGCCUGGAUAGGACUAUAUUCAUUAGCAACCUUUCUUUUGAUAUAAGUAAUGAGGAGGUAACAGCACGCUUCUCAGUCUUUGGGAAGGUUGAAUCUUUCUUCCCGGUUCUUCAUAAACUUACUAAGAGACCUAGAGGUACUGGUUUCAUGAAGUUUUCUACAACAGAGGCAGCUGAUGCAGCAGUUUCUGCUGCCAAUGUUGCUCCUGGCUUAGGAAUUUCUUUAAAGAGCAGGCCACUUAAUGUCAUGAAAGCGAUGGACAAGGAGUCAGCUCACAAAAAGGCACUUGAGAAGGCAAAGACUGAGGUCGAGGAUCGACGAAACCUAUACUUGGCUAAGGAGGGUGAAAUAUUUGCUGGAACACCAGCUGCAGAAGGUGUGUCAGAUGCUGACAUGAAUAAACGUAAUUGGUUAGCUAGAAGGAAAGCGGAGAUGCUUCAGUCUCCAAAAUUUCAUGUGUCGAGAACAAGGCUUAUCAUCUACAAUUUGCCUAAGACUAUGACCAUUAAUGAUGUAAAGAAGCUUUGCAAAGAAGCAGUCAUUUCUCGUGCUACCAAACAAAAUCCUGUCAUCCGGAAGGUGAAUAUCCUGAAGAAUGAAAAGAAAGGCAUACAGAAGCAUUCACGCGGUGUAGCCUUUGUUGAUUUUCAAGAACAUGAACACGCUCUUGUUGCUCUAAGGGUUCUAAACAACAACCCAGAAACUUUUGGUUCAGAACGUCGUCCAAUUGUAGAGUUCGCACUUGAGGAUGUUGAAAAGGUGAGGCUUCAAAAGAUUCGAAUGGAACGGCAUCGCAAGUCAGCAGCAGAAACUGCAGAAGUUCAGGGGACCCCUUCAGGGGAUCAACCUGCAAGUGAAGGCCGUAAUGCAGAUAACAGCAGGACUUCCAGAAAAGGAAACAAGCGGAAAUCACACAAUAGACCAUCUAAACCAUCAGAUUCGGUUGAAGGGCCGCCCAAGGAUCCUCUAGUUCCUGUAGAUCGAAGCGCGAGACCUGCAAAGAGAGCAAGGAAGUCAAAUGUGGGGACCGUUUUGCCGGACCCAGGUCUAACAGAUGCAACCCCAAACACUGCUCAAAAUCAAGUUGUGUCAAAUGAGCGUGAUCAGGCAGCUGCUCCAAAGAAAAGGAAAAACAGAAAAGACAGCCAGGCGGAGCAAAAGAGAGGAAAGGCUACGAAAAGGACAAGGAAAGAACCUGCCGGGGAAGGAGGCGUGGAUAAGUCGCUGGUGGAGCAGUACCGUUCCAAGUUCUUGCAACAUGGUGUUAGCAAGACCAAAGCAUAG